AUGACCAGAAAAAAUUAUACCUCACUGACUGAGUUCGUCCUAUUGGGAUUAGCAGACACGCUGGAGCUACAGAUUAUCCUCUUUUUGUUUUUUCUUGUGAUUUAUACACUUACAGUACUGGGAAAUCUCGGGAUGAUCCUCUUAAUCAGGAUCGAUUCCCAGCUUCACACACCCAUGUAUUUCUUCCUGGCUAACCUGUCCUUUGUGGACGUUUGUUACUCAACCACCAUCACCCCAAAGAUGCUGGCAGAUUUAUUAUCAGAGAAGAAAACCAUCUCUUUUGCUGGCUGCUUCCUACAGAUGUACUUCUUUAUCGCCCUGGCAACAACCGAAUGCAUCCUCUUUGGGUUAAUGGCCUAUGACCGGUAUGUGGCCAUAUGUCGCCCGCUGCUUUACUCCUUGAUCAUGUCCAGGACCGUCUGCCUAAAAAUGGCAGCCGAGGCUUUUGCUGCAGGGUUGCUGAACUCCAUGGUCAACACAAGCCAUGUCAGCAGCAGCUUGUCAUUCUGUGACUCCAAUGUCAUCCAUCACUUCUUCUGUGACAGCCCCCCACUUUUCAAGCUCUCUUGUUCUGACACAAUCCUGAAAGAAAGCAUAAGUUCUAUUUUGGCUGGUGUGAAUAUUGUGGGGACUUUGCUUGUCAUCCUCUCCUCCUACUCCUACAUUCUCUUCUCCAUUUUUUCUAUGCAUUCAGGGGAGGGGAGGCACAGAGCUUUCUCCACGUAUGCCUCUCACCUGACAGCCAUAAUUCUGUUCUAUGCCACCUGCAUCUAUACUUACCUGAGACCUAGUUCCAGCUACUCCCUGAAUCAGGACAAAGUGGCUUCUGUGUUCUACACAGUGGUGAUCCCCAUGUUGAAUCCUCUGAUCUACAGCCUCAGGAAUGAGGAAGUAAAGAAGGCUUUAGCGAAUGUAAUUAGCAGGAAAAGGAUCUCUUCCUUUCUGUGA